CUACAGAGACGACAAAAUUAUAUCACUUUUCUUACCGAGAAGAAAUAUCGCCAAUUCCCUGAUGGGCGCCGCCAUCUUUGUUGUGCGCAUUGGAUGACGGGUAAGUUAGCAAAGCCACUGAAAAAUCCAACAUGGCUACCGUCAGCUUGAAACCCAGCCAAGGAGAUGCUGAUGUCCAGGUGACAUAUGAGGACCAACAGAAGAUCAACACAUUUGCUAACAAAAAUGCAAAACUUGUGGAACUGAAAGAGGAAGUUGAGGCGAAGCAGAAAGAGCUUCAAAACCUGGAAGAUGCCUCAGAUGACCUCCUGAUGGUGGAUGAUGAGUCUGCUCCAAUCCCAUACCGGAUAGGGGAGGUAUUUAUAUCCAUGCCACUAGAAGCAACACAGGAGAAGCUAGAAGAAGCCAAGGCCCAGAUUCAACAGCAGAUUGCAGACUUAAAUGGACAAGCAGAUGAAAUUAAGGGAGUUCUAGGAAAGCUCAAAGUGGAACUUUAUGCUAAGUUCAGCAACAACAUCAACCUAGAAAUGGAUGAAGAGUAGAAAAUAGCUUUCUAAAUCAGUGAAUAUUCUCAGUAACAAUGUGUGUCACUUAUAUGAUAGAGUGUAUAAUGUAAUUUGUCACCAUUGUCCAGCUCAUACAAAACUGUAGGUGACAUUACCUUGUGUUUGCUCAGUUGUUGUGUUGUUGUUACAUUUAUGUUGUUUGAUUUUGCAUGUUCUGUCUCACUGCACAUUGAUACCAUGUCACAAGUUUUAACUUAAUACAUUUGUAUAUCAUAUGUUUCAACAGCAUCUUGCAGUUGGUUACAUUUUUGUACAGAAGCAGCAUUAGUUUUACACAAGUUUCUUGAAAACACUGGAUUUGUGCAUAUUGCAACACUGCUAUGUGACUUUGAAAAGACAGAAAUGGUUACAGCUGUGUUUUAAAUAUUUUGUUGCUUCAGUAACUCAGAAGUUGUUCCACAAAAGUUUUGUGAUGUACUGUUUUUGAACACAUGAUAAUAGAAGCACAGAGCUAUAUAUAUCAAACUG